GUCGCUUCCUCCUCCGAAAAAAAAACUUAAGCUGACAAGUCCAAGUCUGGACAUCAUAAUUGUUUUCAGGUCCAGCCCAAGAACAUGCUGUCUAAGUCCAGUGUUCAGCGGCAGUAAGAAAUACUGUAGAACCCAAAUCAAACUCGAUAAAGAAAACAUAUGUACGUCUACUACAGACAGCAAGAUCGAAACACAGCAAAGCAGCCAAAAUUAAUUAACAAUUACGAACGCACUUUGCUUCACUCCUCUCCACUGAAUUGUUCAGUUUUCCAGUUAUCUCUGCAUUUUGGAUCCAAACUUUUACGCUUUGCAAUCUACCUCCGAAAAGAUACCUCGUCCUUUAAUAAGACUCGCGCACUUUCUCAGCUGCCAAACGCGGCCUUUUUAUCUUUACACUUGUCUACAAUAAAAUAAGCUGAAUUCGAGAUAUGGUUAUAGCUGUGGUGGCACUAAUUUUGGGCGUCUUAUUGGGAGGAUUCAUUUUGAUUCCUAGACAUCUUAAAUCUGCCCAAGUAGAAAAGGUCCAAUCGAGGGAUGGACGCAAGAAGGAAUCUAAACUUUACAGUAAAUCUGAAGUAUCUGUGCAUGAUAAGAGAACUGAUUGUUGGAUUAUUAUCAAAGGAAAGGUAUAUGAUGUUACCUCAUAUGUAGAAGUGCAUCCUGGCGGUGAUGCCAUCCUAGGACAUGCUGGAGGUGAUGCAACUGAAGGAUUUUAUGGGCCACAGCAUGCUUCCCUAGUCUUUGACAUGGUUGAUGAAUUCUACAUUGGAGAUCUAGAGCAGUAACUAUGAGGCAUUGGGUUGCAAGGAUAUCAGAGAAUUGCGUCUUAUUAAUCUGGCAGCCCUGCUGUGGCUUUAUUUGACACUUUCCCUUUCUCAUGCUAGUUCUUCAUUACAUCAAGCAGUUCGUUCCUUCAUAAAUUUUGCAAUGAUCAUCAUUUGAUAUUACUUCUGAACGCAAAAUAAUGUAAUGGAAAAUGAUUUUUGAUA